AUGCAGCUCAAAUCUGUCACCGGCUGCGUCACGCGAGCCUCCAGCCGCCACCGGCUCUUGACCAGCCAUGAAGCCAAGACGAGGCUGACGGCAAAGAGGUGCCUCGCCACGACCUCCGCCGCACCCCCCGUGUCCACCACGACGCGCAGCCACCGCGUCGUCGUCGUCGGCGGCGGCUCGGCCGGCUCCAACGUGAGCCACCAGCUUCUCCGCUCCGGCCAGUUCCAGGCCGGCGACAUCGCCGUCGUCGACCCCGCCGAGUGGCACCACUACCAGCCCGGCUGGACGCUCGUCGGCGGCGGCCUCGCCCGCAAGGACGACUUCCGCCUGCGCCUCGCCGACAUCCACGACCCCAAGCUGACCGUCCACCGGGACCGCGUCGCCCGCUUCGAGCCGACGGAGAACCAGGUGGUGCUGCGCGGCGGCGACCGCCUCGCGUACGACCAGCUGGUCGUCUGCCCGGGCAUCUCCACCAACUACGAGCAGAUCCGCGGCCUGCCGGAGGCGCUCGCGGACCCGCGCUCGGGGGUGUCGUCGAUAUACAGCUACGACCACUGCGACAAGGUGUUUCCCGGCAUCGAGCGGCUGCGCGCCGGCAGGGCCAUCUUCACGCAGCCGGCGGGCAUGCUCAAGUGCGCGGGGGCGCCGCAAAAGGCCAUGUGGCUGGCGCUGGACUACUGGAAGAAGGCCGGGCUGUACAACUGCGGCGACGGGCCGAUCCGCAUCUCCUUCGCGACCGGGCUGCCGGUCAUGUUCGGCGUGCCCAAGUACAGCGCCAAGCUGGCCGAGCUGGCCGAGGAGCGGGGCGUGGAGGCGCUCUUCCAGCACGACCUCGUCGAGGUCCGCAGCGGCUCCGAGGCCGUCUUCGCCCGCCCGGACGGGACGCGGGUGACGCGGCGGUUCGACCUGCUGCACGCGGCGCCCAAGAUGGGCCCGCACCGGUUCGUGGCGGAGAGCCCGCUGGCGGACGCCUCGACGGGGCUGGUGGCCGUGGACCCGGGGACGCUGCGGCACGGGACGCACGGCAACGUGUGGGCGCUCGGGGACGCGGCGGACCUGCCGACGAGCAAGACGGCGGCGGCCAUCACGGCGCAGGCUCCGGUGCUGGUUGCGAACCUGCUGGACGCGGUGAAGGGCCAGGCGCCGCGGGCCGCGUACGACGGGUACACGUCGUGCCCGCUCAUCACCGAGUACGGCAAGGUGCUGCUGACCGAGUUCAAGUACGGGCCGGAGCCCAAGGAGACGUUCCAGCGGCUGCUGGGCGUGGACCAGAUCAAGCCGCGGAGGGCGUUUUAUCACCUCAAGAAGGACUUUUUCCCGUGGGUGUACCGCAAGUUCAUGGUCAAGGGGGCGUGGGCUGGGCCAAAGGGAUUCAUUCGAUGA